AUGUCCAUCCCGACCAUCGACGUCCGUCGAGCCGACGACUCAGCCACGCGGCCGCAGCUGCUGCAAGAUCUGCGCCACGCGCUGUUCGAGGUGGGCUUCCUGUACCUCUCGCACCACGGCAUUCGGGAGGCCACCGUGCAGGACCUGGUGGACGCGUUGCCGCGUCUCUUCGCCCUUCCGGACCCCGUCAAGGAGUCCGUGGCCCUCGUCAACUCGCCCCAUUUCUUGGGGUACAGCCAGUUUGGAUCGGAGAUCACGGCGCGCGUCCGGGAUCAGCGCGAGCAGUUCGAGUUCGCCAACGAGUUGCCCGACAAGUAUGGAGGUGAUGCUGCGGGGGCGGCGGCGGCGACUCAGCCGCUGUAUGUUCGCCUCCAGGGCCCGAAUCAGUGGCUCGACGAGUCGGGGAAGGAUACGGUGCCCAGAUUUCGCGAGAUCGUCGAGUCGUACGUCGCGGCCAUGCAGGAUCUCGCGAUGCGGUUCCUCGAGCUGGUCACCGAGGCACUCGACUUGCCUCCACAUAGUCUCGAGCGGUUCACGGGCCCACAGGACCGGCUCAAACUCGUGCACUACCGCCCCAUGUCGUCGUCAUCGUCGUCGUCGUCCUCCUCUUCUUCUUCUACGCAGGGCGUCGGCCCUCACAAGGACAGUUCCGGGUGGAUGACGUUCCUGCUGCAAGCGUCGGACCCGUCGAUCCCGGGGCUCCAGGUGCUGUCCAAAGAUGGGGUGUGGCUGGACGCACCCCCCGUCCCGGGCACGGUGGUGGUCAACAUGGGCCAAGCCUUUGAGGUGGUGACCCACGGCAUCUGCAAGGCCACCACGCACCGCGUGCUGCUGCCGCCGGGGGACUACGACCGCUACAGCGUGCCCUUCUUCCAGGGCGUGCGGCCCGACCUGACCAAGGCCGACCUCAAGUCUCUCUGGGAUCAUUUUGACGCCGCUAAGACAUGGACACGAGGAAGGGAGUCCGACGAGGGUCAGCGUAUAGAUAGUCCCUUCCUCCGCGGCAAGUACGAUACCUGGGGCGAGGCCCAGCUGCGGACCAAGAUACGCAGUCAUCGGGAUGUCGGCGCCCGGUGGUACGCCGAUGUCUACGACAAGUACAUCAAUGAUGAUUGA